CUUCAACUGGGUUCACAAAAUGCCGGAGAUCAUAGGUAAAUUAAUGAAGCCUGAUGGCACCGUCGCCACUGAACUCGAGAAGCAAGUUUCUCAAGCAUUGGUUGACCUCGAGAGCAGCACCGAUAUCAAGGCCCAACUCCGUGAGCUGUACAUCGUCGGAGUUCGAGUUCAAGUGCGACUUGUUCGUGAGUUGGAGAAGAAGUUCGGAGGAAAGCAUGUUCUUUUCUUGGCCAAGAUUUGUCUUUAUUUACGCGGGGUUUAUGUGGCUGGUUGAUA